AUGUAUACUGCAGCUUCUUCUCUGUUCGUGACUUUCACGUCCUUUGGCCUCCUUGCGCGAGCUCUGCCCACUGCUCGCUCGGACACUGAGGUCCCCAUCACCUUUCACGGCGCAGCGGGUGCGCAGUUCAGCCAGAACUUUCCCAUUGGAGGGCCUAUCGCCAUUAACAACGGACUGAGCAUUUCCCAGAUCACCUCCGACGCUCCCGGCAUAACCUGCGUCUUCGACGGUAGCGACGGCAGCAUCACGACCGUCCCCGGCGGUAUCACUGGGGACGUCGGUCCCCCUCAGGCUCAAACUCAGGGGUUAUGCUACUUGGGCUCCCCCGGGUCGACCCCCGCGAGCUCUUUUGUGUCGUCGCCCUCUGUCGCCCCCUCUGUCCCUAUCGCUGAUGACAGCACCUGGACAAGUCAUGUUGAGCCGACGGAGACACCAUCCAUUCGGUCUCGGUCUUUUGAGCAAUGGUCAGCCCCGGACCAGGACAUUGAAAACCCGUCUUCUGAGGGGGUUGAGGGUUCAUCUUUCCAGACCGUCGAGAAUCCACCUACAACUGCGCCACUGCCUGAGGGACCAUCUACCACGACUCCUGGCCCUGUGGUCACCGUGCCACCUGAGGUUUAUAAUGGCACGGCUCCGUGGGACAAUUCGACCACUAAGACCUCUUACUCCAUUACCACAUCUUGCACCACGAGCACGUCUUGCACUACGACCCCUUCGACGACCACGACCUCCUGCACGACGACCCCUUCGACGACCACGACCUCCUGCACGACGACCCCUUCGAUGACUACGACCUCCUGCACUACAACCCCCUCUUGCACCACCACUCCGCCUCCUGUGACAUUCUCACCACCACACCCUGCUCUAGCUGCGACUCAACCCCGAAACAAGUCAUCUCCGCUCCAUACCCCACUAGCCAGCCCUGGUCGACCGAAUAUCUACCACAAGAAGCCCUACCACAAGCAUCCCUGCUCUGAAAAGACCUGCACCGAAGCGCCUUACAAGGAAUGCCCUGAGGGAAACUGUCCCAAGGACCCUGAGACCACAUACCCCGGCACAGUCACUAGAAUACUGAUCUCGUGA